AUGGAGCGCGGUUCGCGCAGUCGGGCGUCGUCUCCGCGGUGCCGUUCUCCUCAGGCGGAAUCUCCCCGUCGUGUCUCCUCGCGCCCGACGUCUCCUCAGCGCUCGUCUCCUCCUGCGCGCAAUCGCGGAGGCGGGGGUGGUCAGUCCCGUUCGCGGCGUUCAGGCCGUGGUCGAUGGGCGCCGAGGGCCCGGCAGCCGGACCCUGCAGCCGAAGCGGCGACCGCGGCAGCAACUGCGGCUGUUGAGCGCGCUCUGGCGCCGUUGGGCAGUAUGAUACGCGAACUCGGCAGGCCGACGGCUCCUGUAGUGCCCACGGUUGAUCAGCUCCCCCCUCCUCUGGAUCUCCAUCCUCAUCCGCCUCCGCCAGUUGGCCCCCCUGCGAAUGUGCUCCCGACAUCCUCUCUUGAGGUGGCGGCGUUCCCGCGGUCCCUCCCGCAUCCCCCUGCGUUUCCUCCUCAGCCGCCCCCUCUUGCGCAGCCAGAACCACCGAUGGUGGUGCGUCUCCCUCCCCACGCGGUCCCGGGGGUGUGGCGCGUCCCCCCGACUGGAGGGGCUCCUGUGUUCCAGCCGCUAGGGGAGCCGGGGAUUGACGCGCGGACCGAGCCGCCUGUGAUGGGGCCACCCCUGGGGAUUGCGCCUCCUCCGCAGGCGCCUCCAGCCGGCUCCCACGGGCUCCCAGCGAGGGGGGAGGCAGCAGCAGCGGCGACAGCGGCGGGUGGAGGGGUGUCCACUGAGCCUCGAUCACGGCGCUCUCCCAUGCGCCGCCACUCCGGUGGGUUGCGGGUGGGCAGCCGCGUUGUGCUGGAUCGGUUGUCCCGUCGUGGCGGAGGGGCUCCCCGCGCGUUGGAGGUUGAGACCCAGCUGCUCGUGCGCCUGUGGCAUAUGCGCACUUACUAUGCCGUUGUGGGAGCAAUGCUGGAGAAUGCUGCUGUGUCCCUGAGCCACGUGCCUCUGGCGGCGUGCAUGAUGGGCCAUGCGCAGUUGCUGGCCAGUCGGGACGGUGCGUGGCUUCUCCGCCAUGAGAUGGAGUUUGCUGGGGAAGAGCCCGAAGGGGAGCCCCGAGAAGCGGGGGCGGCCGUCGAGAUGGAAGGCGUGGGCUCCCGAGUGCAGUCACGCUCAGCUGUAGACGUGAUAGACGGGCUCGUGUCAGCGCUCCGUCUUGGUGACGAGCACGUGGCGGCGUCGGACAGCGAUGACGACGAGGAGCACAUGCGGGAUGCUGCUGACGUCAGCUCCAACGCUGCCUUCUCCUCCAAAGGCUCCGAGCACGAUGAGGAGGCGGCGAGCUCAACGUGUUCGUUGACGCCGCUAGCCUGCCCCACGUGCUGCCCUCUGCCUCCUACUAUGGCAGUCAGGGCACCAACGGGAAUGACGGUGCUGUACUUCGUCACCACACCAGUGCAGCUGUGGGCAAUGACGCCAUGA